CCGUCGCCAGCGGCGCGAACCCGAGAGCGUGGCGCGGGCUGGGCCAGCUGUUGAGUGGAAUGUCAUGGCCAGCUCCUCGGACAGUGAAGAUGACAGUUUCAUGGCCGUGGACCAAGAAGAAACUGUGCUGGAAGGGACAAUGGAGCAAGAUGAGGAGCCCCACCCAGUACUGGAGGUUGAAGAGACUAGACAUAAUAGGCCCAUGUCUGAGCUGCCAGAAGAGGUUUUGGAGUAUAUCCUGUCCUUUCUUUCACCAUACCAGGAACACAAAACUGCAGCCCUUGUCUGCAAACAGUGGUAUCGACUUAUCAAAGGUGUAGCCCACCAGUGUUAUCAUGGUUUCAUAAAGGCUGUCCAGGAAGGAAACAUUCAAUGGGAGAGUCGGACCUACCCUUAUCCUGGAACCCCGAUCACUCAACGGUUCUCACACAGUGCAUGCUAUUAUGAUGCUAAUCAAUCUAUGUACGUGUUUGGAGGCUGUACCCAGAGCAGCUGCAAUGCUGCUUUUAAUGACCUCUGGAGACUUGACCUAAAUAGCAAAGAGUGGAUCCGACCUUUGGCUUCAGGGUCCUAUCCUUCCCCUAAAGCUGGGGCAACUCUGGUCGUGUACAAGGACCUGCUGGUGCUGUUUGGUGGCUGGACGCGGCCAAGCCCUUAUCCCCUACACCAACCAGAGAGAUUCUUUGAUGAAAUACAUACUUACUCACCCUCUAAAAACUGGUGGAACUGCAUUGUGACAACCCAUGGGCCACCUCCCAUGGCUGGCCAUUCCUCCUGUGUGAUAGAUGAUAAAAUGAUUGUCUUUGGUGGCUCCUUAGGAUCCCGGCAAAUGAGCAACGAUGUCUGGGUCCUUGACCUCGAGCAGUGGGCGUGGUCCAAGCCGAACAUCUCCGGCCCCAGUCCUCAUCCUCGAGGUGGCCAAUCUCAGAUUGUCAUAGAUGAUGCAACUAUCUUAAUCCUUGGAGGGUGUGGCGGUCCCAACGCUCUCUUCAAGGAUGCUUGGUUGUUGCACAUGCAUUCAGGCCCCUGGGCCUGGCAGCCACUCAAGGUAGAAAAUGAAGAUCAUGGGGCUCCAGAACUGUGGUGCCAUCCAGCUUGCCGGGUGGGGCAGUGCGUGGUGGUCUUCAGUCAGGCUCCUAGCGGGAGAGCCCCACUCAGCCCAAGUUUGAACUCUCGCCCAUCACCUAUCAGCGCCACUCCUCCAGCCCUGGUUCCCGAAACCCGAGAGUACCGCUCUCAGUCUCCAGUAAGGAGUAUGGAUGAAGCUCCUUGUGUUAACGGCCGCUGGGGAACACUGAGGCCCAGAGCUCAAAGGCAGACCCCCUCAAGUUCCCGGGAAGGGAGCCUGUCCCCAGCCAGAGGAGAUGGCUCCCCCAUCCUCAAUGGUGGGAAUUUGUCUCCAGGAACAGCAGUGAUUGGUGGCUCUUCCUUGGACAGCCCUGUGCAGGCCGUGUCUCCUAGCACUCCAUCUACCACUGACGGAUAUGACCUCAAAAUGGGACUUUCUUUGGCCCCCCGACGAGGGUCACUACCAGAUCAGAAAGAUCUGAGGUUAGGAUCAAUAGAUCUGAAUUGGGAUCUGAAACCCACUUCGAGUAGCAAUCAUAUGGAUGGUGUGGACAACAGGACAGUUGGGGGAAGCACGAGACACCCUCCCGAACAGACGAAUGGUGUGCAUACCCCACCACACGUGGCCAGUGCCCUUGCAGGGGCUGUCUCCCCAGGUGCCCUGCGUCGGAGCCUAGAAGCCAUCAAAGCAAUGUCAUCCAAAGGCCCCUCAGCGUCCACAGCACUAAGUCCUCCUCUGGGGUCUUCUCCAGGCUCCCCCGGGAGCCAGAACCUGAGCAGUGGAGAAACAGUGCCCGUCCCUCGCCCAGGGCCUGCCCAAGGAGAUGGGCAUUCCUUACCUCCCAUUGCCCGCCGCCUGGGCCACCACCCUCCGCAGUCCCUGAAUGUUGGCAAACCUUUGUACCAGAGUAUGAACUGCAAGCCCAUGCAGAUGUACGUGCUAGACAUUAAAGACACCAAGGAGAAGGGGCGGGUCAAAUGGAAAGUAUUUAAUAGCAGUUCUGUGGUCGGACCUCCUGAAACCAGCCUGCACACAGUGGUACAAGGCAGGGGCGAACUCAUCAUAUUUGGAGGACUCAUGGACAAGAAACAGAAUGUGAAGUACUAUCCAAAAACAAACGCCUUGUACUUUGUGCGAGCAAAGAGAUAA